AUGAGCCAGAAUUGGAUUUAGUAAUUACUAAAAAUAAAAAUAAAAAGCAAUAAGAGAAAAUGUAGAAAAAACAGGGGAAAAGUGAAUGAAAAAAGAAAUAAAAGACAGAAAAUGGAAAAUUCUGUAUUUUUUUGUAUGACAGGAAUUAAUUAGAUGCAAACAAAAACUUGCAGACCCGACCCAAUUGCAUGUUUUUGUUGCUUUCUUCAAUCGUUUUGCUCUAAUGGGUUUUCCUUUCUGAAACUCCGCAAGUCAAAACCUCUACGACCCAGAAUUACUCACCCACCAUGGAAGAAUCAAGUGAAGCACACUCAGAGGAGAAGAAAGCAUCUCAAGAUAAUAAGAAAAGACGACUCAAGACACCCUCACAAGUUAUGGCUUUGGAGAAAUUCUAUAAUGAGCACAAAUAUCCUACAGAGGAAAUGAAAUCAGAACUUGCAGAGCAGUUGGGAUUGACAGAAAAGCAGAUAUCUGGGUGGUUCUGCCACAGAAGGUUAAAAGACAAAAGAUUAUCAAGAGAUGAACCGUGUGCUAAUGGACGGCAAGAUCGUUUAAGUGGGGUCAUUCAGGACCUUGGUAGUGGACUUGGGCAAGAUUCAUGUGGUAGCACUAAACAUGUAGAUUAUAGGUAUGUCGAUCCAAGGGAAGUUGAAAGUCAAAGACUGUUUGGGAAUGAUUUUCCAGCUGCAGAUCUCACCAAUGAUAAAAGGAGUCUUUAUACUGAAAGAGUUAGUGGCAUGGAUGAUACAUCUUCAGAAAGUUGCUCAUCCUUACAAGAUAGGCUAUUAUCUCACACUGAGGAUCCUCGCAGUGUGGAAACUUUUAGGUACCUGGCACAGGAUGGACCAAUUGCACCCUUAAGUUCCAAGGGCACAAGAACCGUGGGAUAUAAGCCCUCAGGGUAUUUGAAAGUCAAGAAUGAAAUAGAAAAUGCUGCUAUUACAGCUGUUAAGAGGCAACUGGGAAAGCAAUAUCGAGAAGAUGGUCCACCACUAGGUGUAGAAUUUGAACUACUCCCUCCUGGUGCAUUUGAAUCACCAAUCAGAGAUCCUGUCCAUGAACCCUACUAUGUUGGAAAUCCAGUUCUUUCUCAUUCCAUAAAUAUUUCUGCAGUGAAAAAGCAGCCCUCUCCUGGCAUUAAAUAUGAAGUAAAUAAUUCAAAGUUGAGUUCCAAGGACCCAUAUAUGCAUCAAGAAGCUCCUGGCAUCGUACAUGGUAUUGGCCAUCAGGAGGCAAAGCCUAGUAAUCUAUUGAGACAAAAAUCAACUUAUAUUGACCAUGCUAGCUCUGUCCCUGGCCGAAAUUCCUCGGAUAAUUAUGAUGAUUCUAGUUACAAUAACAAUCGUCAUCGUAAAAAGGGCUCUAAACAUGGUGUUGAAGGGAUGUCAUCUGACUCCUUUCAUAACCGUCUUAGUCACUAUAGUGGGAAAGUUGCAAGCAAACAAACAUUUUCUCGUGUACAUGAGGAUGAUGAUGUAAGCCCUGAGAUUAUGCAAAGGAGUGAAUACUUAAAAUUUAAGCCUUCGGUUUCAGCACGAAAUUAUUGUGAGGCACCUGACAUGGAUGAAAGAGGGCUAUCGACAAUAAUGGCACAGGAGGAUAAAUUUAUAGGAGAAGGCAAAGCCAGGAAAGAUGUCAAGGUUGCGAAAAGAGGGAGGGCUGACUUUUCACGGCAAGAAAAUUGUACAAAUUCAUCAUUGGUGGAGAUGCUACCUCGUAAGAAUAACACUAAAGGAUCUGCCUUGGAGAUGCCAUCAAGCUUCAGCGAGGAUGAAACUGCAGAAACCAGUUCUUCAGCAGGGUGAAGUUUCUGGUAAGCAUGAAGAAGGGGUUUCCCUAGGCUUGUACAGUUGGAGAGAGAGCUAUGAUCGUUAGAUAGUCACCUCCGGAAGUACUGAAAGGGCCUGCGGCUUGCCACUUUCAUAUGCCCUUUUGAGUACACACUCACCUGUUUAUAAGUGUAGAAAAAAAAUAUAUUUUAGGCUAUUUUAAUUUUUAUUUAUCUACCAAGACCAAGAGUUUUUCACAUAUUGAAGUAAUUGUUUGUAAAUGUGCCUGCUGCUACAUCACCCUGAACAACAUUUUUUUGGUGGUUAAGUGAUGAUUCUAGUUUCUCUCUACAAAAAGGUUUUCAAUUUU